GACCUGCGCGGACCCCGCGGCGGACGGCGGCUCUCGACACGGGGAAGCCGAACGCGCUGGCCAUGGCCUCCAACUUUAACGACAUAGUCAAGCAGGGCUACGUGAAAAUCCGCAGCAGGAAGCUGGGGAUUUUCAGACGAUGCUGGUUGGUUUUCAAGAAGGCGUCUAGUAAAGGACCCAGAAGGCUAGAAAAAUUUCCGGAUGAAAAGGCAGCAUAUUUCAGAAACUUUCAUAAGGUAACUGAACUGCACAACAUCAAAAACAUAACCAGACUGCCUCGGGAGACAAAGAAGCAUGCAGUGGCAAUUAUCUUUCAUGAUGAAACGUCAAAGACAUUUGCCUGUGAGUCAGAGCUGGAGGCCGAGGAGUGGUGCAAGCAUCUCUGCAUGGAGUGUCUGGGGACCCGGCUGAACGACAUCAGCCUCGGGGAGCCUGACCUCCUGGCGGCAGGAGUGCAGCGGGAACAGAAUGAGCGAUUCAAUGUGUAUCUUAUGCCUACGCCAAAUCUGGACAUUUAUGGUGAAUGCACAAUGCAGAUCACUCAUGAGAAUAUCUAUCUGUGGGAUGUCCACAAUGCCAAGGUCAGACUGGUGAUGUGGCCUCUCAGCUCCCUGAGGAGAUACGGGCGGGACUCAACGUGGUUCACGUUUGAGUCAGGAAGAAUGUGUGACACAGGAGAAGGACUAUUCACUUUUCAAACAAGGGAAGGAGAAAUGAUCUAUCAGAAGGUCCAUUCUGCGACACUGGCCAUAGCUGAGCAACAUGAGAGAUUAAUGCUAGAAAUGGAGCAGAAGGCCCGGCUUCAGACAAGCCUGACUGAACCAAUGACGUUAUCCAAAUCCAUCUCUCUUCCUCGCAGCGCAUACUGGCAUCACAUCACCCGGCAGAACAGUGUUGGGGAGAUCUACAGUUUGCAAGGUCACGGGUUCGGGUCCUCGAAGAUGUCCCGGGCGCAGACGUUCCCCAGCUACGCGGCGGAGCCGGGCGAGGAGGCGCCGCAGCCGCUGUCCCGCUCCGGCAGCUACGGCUUCAGCUACAGCUCCAGCCUCAUCCAGUGACCGCGAGAGCACGCCGGCGGCCAGAGAGACAGCCUGCCCCGCCCUGCCCGCGGGCCCACCGCGCCCCCUGCCUCCCGGAAGACCAACUGCAGUACGAACUGAACCGGGUCGGGCCUGGCCCCAGGCCCGGGGAAGGUUAGAGACUGGAGUUCCGUCCGCUUCCUUGAUUCCGUGGCUAAGUCCUUUAUUUAUUGAGUUUCUUGUUGGGGGGGGGCGUCUAUGUCGUACAAAUAGAAUCCAAAUCGUCUGAACAGAUAUUUAAACAAAAUUCUUUGGGUCUGGGGCACGGUGAGACGUUGCCCCCACCGGAUGGUACCUGGGUGGUGGGCAUCACCCUUGUCCUGAUGGCUCAGUCCUCCCACCUGAUGAGAGGUCUGUCCUUAGAUGUAAAGAUGACCCACCGCAAGCUGUGUGGCUUGGAGGGUUUCGACAGAGACAAAUCCAGUAAGCUCUACAAACGGCAUCAUACUUCUCGAUAUAAAUAAGCCCAGUGACAAUUAAGGAAACACGAAAUUUAGGACACGCUAUUAAGCGGGGCCUUGUUGCUCUACUCUGUGUGUGUGUGUGUGUGCGCGCGCGCGUGCGUGUGUGAGUGUGCACGUGUGUAGACCAGAAUAGACAUGGAUAUUGCUGUAUCCAUGUAUAUCUAACCAGUAUCUAUCAAAUGUGUGCUGAGAGUGACAGGAUAUGCUCACUUACAUUGUGGAAAACUGUAACUUGGUGCAUUAAAAUUAAGAUUGUUAUGUUGAAUAGCUAUUUUUUAAAUAGUGCUGUUAAAAAGAAAAAAAGAGGCUUCUUAUUAGCCAAGUAUUUAUGUAGUCAUGUCUGCUCCUACGACAAGUGUAAGUGAAAAAUGUGAGAAGUGGGGACACUUUGGAAGCGAAAGAGCCGGUCUGGCCAUCCUACUGGCCCUGACCCUGCACUGUCCCUCUGCUUGUUACCCCCUUGUUGUCCACAACUUUCCUCCCUUUGGCCUCUCUGAGCUACGCGGGGAAGACUGGUUGUGAUCCCAGAUCGACUUCCACUUAACCUCGAGGACAAGGACUCUAAGUAACAAUCUGUUUAAGAAGGGAGAGAAAAAUACACUUAAAAAGAACUCAGCCAUUUUGCCGUCAGAAGAAUGACAGGGACAGGACUGCAGAAAUCACUUAAAUCAUCAUAGAUGCUGUUGUGAGAGAGCCGUCAGGGGCUUAUAAUUUGCUAUGUAGCCAGAAUUUGCUGAUCUUUAGUUUCCUUUUACUGGAUAGGAGUUGGCUGGAAUUAUCAGAGAAAAUGGAUACAAAAAAAAAAAAAACCCCAAAAAAUCCAACUUUUUUUCAUUCUGAGACUAAUGACAAACCUACAAGGUUUAAAGGGAAGUGGUGAUUUCCAUGUGAACUGAGGAAGUUUGGCUAAUUCGGGUCAACAUAGAUAUUUUUGCUUUUAGUUUUGGAGUUCACUCAAGUAAACAUAAAAAUCACUCUGCCUGAAUUACAGGAUGCCAUAUGCCUAAGAUGGUCAGCUCACGAAUACUCCAAGGUGGGUUUAAAGGACAGUGAGCCCAGGUCAUGUAAGAUGCCAACCUGAAUUUUUUCCAAUAUCAACAUUUUUUAAGUUUUCAAAGUUAGUCUGUUGAAAGGGUACCUAUUUCACUGAUCUGUGAUAAGACAAUUUUUUUAAUCCAUAUCCUCAGCUUGAAUACAGAUUGACAAUUCAUUUUCAAGAGUUACUACUGAAUAAAAAUGGUAUGAGGUCCCUCCUUGAUAAAUCUGCCCUUAGAGCAACUACCUGGACUCUCCACAUCUCUCAGAUAAGUAUGAAAACCCCAUCAAAAUGCUCAUCAUAUGAGUUAAUGUGGCUGUGAAAAUGUAAUCAUCCUAAGCUUCCAGGGAUAAAGAGAAAAUUACUCAAAUGCUCCGCACUGUGAAUUUUGCUGACACAGCAGAAGAGCAGAUGACUGGCUCCUGACAAUGAUACAGCCGUCCCUGAAGUCCCGGCUUUCAGGGUUAAGCACCUCUGAAUUACUUUAGCACAUGGCAUUUGCUUUUGAAAUGCCAUUAGUAAAAUACACCAGUGCAACUCCCAGCUGAGACCAUUGGAGCACAGCUCCUAGUGGUGCCACAUUCACCGCGCACCCCUCACCGGCUCACUCAGUCGAGCUGUCGCUUAGAGACCACAAGUUCCACAAGGGACUCAGGGGGACAGCCCCUCAGGGGUCCUGCUUUAUGUCUCAGCUUUAUUAUUAACGUGCUGGAAGCACAGACCGCGAGUCCUGGGGGAUUCUGCUAAUGAGAUGAGUCUGCUCUUGUGUCUCAUUUGCAAGACAGGAUACCUGCACGAAGCAGUUUCAAAAACACCAUCUGCCUGUGAGCAUUACCAAUGAGUAUCAACGAGGGGGUCCUAAAGAUCAGGCAUAACCUUGAGCCAGUUCAUUCAGAAAAUAACAUCAUAAAGAGUCAGUGAGAGAGAACUCUCCUUCCCACAUUUUUAAGCCAAACUCAUCACGAUGAGAAUAAUGCUAUAAAAGAUCUCCUGGUACCUUUCUGGAGAUUUACUCUAGCACACUCCUCCAACUAUACUUAAAAUUGUAGCGUAGUCAAAAUUGCUAAAUGAACAAAGAGGAGAAUUUAUAAUAACGUAUAUAUUUGAUGCAAGGCAGUGCCCAUUGUAAUAAAAAUUACAUAAAUAGUCUACAAAAACCAAAGAGGAGAAGUUACUGAGCCAGUCUCCUGGAACUUUAUAACAUCAAUUCCAUAGUAACUAGAGUGGUCCUAGGCUUGUCUUCAACUCACUGGAGCUUGUAGGUUUUUGACUGAAGGUGCCUCUACCCUUUUUGCAGGCAUUUUUCUCCCUUCAGAAAUCCUGUUCCUCUUUACCAUACAUGUGACUUUCUCAUUGUGAGGGAGUGACUGCUAUGAACCAAAGACACCUUUUGGCUCCUUCUGAAACUGACUUGGUUGACUUUCCAUCCAGAUUCAGACAGGUGAAUGAAGGUGGUCACAGUUUCCAUAUCAGGUUGGAAGAAAGCAAUGGUCAAAGUACCGGACAUAAGUUAUAAAGGCUCUUCUGAGAGCAGAGAAAGCCUGGAGGAUGUACACAUUCCAUGGAAAUCCCUGCAGGGAUUUAUUUUUUUAUGUCCCCCAUUUUUUCUUUGGAUAAUAUUCAUUGUUGUACACACGACCAACACACGACAUUACAUUUAUGCAGAAAAGUACAAAAUAACUUUGACCCUAUGGCUCACUAUUCUGGUGGGGGGGAAACACUUCUUUCACUUAUUCAUUGAACGAAUAACAGGCACUCAGAACUAAUUUAUUUAUACAGGUUGCAAGUAUUUACGGAUCAAUAGGUUUUGGCCACUGCCACUAUUUGGACUUUAUGAAAUAAGAAAAAUAUAUUUACUAAUACAUUGGGGAAGAUGCUGUUUGAUAGAGCAUGUGAAAUAAAGGGAAACACAUUUAUUAAAAGUAAUCCUCACCUUUUCCACCAAGUAGUAACUAGAGUAGAAGUCCUGGUAUCUUGUGCAAUUUUUCUCUGUCUUCAUUGGGCAAAUAUGUUUGAAAAUCACUUACCGCUUACACUUUCUAUCCAAUAAGGAAGCAGUGGAGUGAUAAUUCACACUGUCAGUAGUUUCCACAAAGCCAGUUUACUGCAUAUGGGAUCUUUAUAGUCGAUAUUAAAAACACCAUAAAAAAUUGAUGUCUGCCCCUCAUUCUUUGGCCAGUAUCUCAGAAAACUUUGUAAAAAAAAAAGCAUGAGUACCCUGCUCCCUAGAUUAUUUGAGCCACUUAUUAAAACUGACCAUUAAUGCUACAGUGAAAACAUGCUAAGCAAAUUAUAUUCUUAUAAAAAAAUUAUAGUCCAGAUUUGAUUAUUAUGAUACAGCACAAAAAAAAAAUCGGCAGGAUAUAUUCAGUGGGGCUGAGCUUCAGGCCUUUAACGCUUCAUGUUUUAUAACAAACCUUAUAUAAAAACUGCUUAAAGUGAAAAUUGUACAUUUUCUUCACAUCUAUCCAAAUCUAUCACGUCUGUCAAUAUCUUGCAAUUUCAAAUUACUUGAUCAGUCACUAACUAUAUUUUACAAUCCUCUGACCUUGGCCUUCUCAAAAUAGAUAAAAAUUUGCCACUAGACCUGUUUAAUAAUUAUAAUAAUAGGUGAUACGCCACACAAAUGAACUUCUAGCCUGAGGAAUUUAUGGAGUGUGGUUUCCCACGGAGCGGGUAGAGCCGGAGGACAGGAACUAGUCAGGAGGGCAAUGUUUUAGAUAAAAUUACAAAGGCUCC